UGAUAACUGCAAGUGUGUCUUGGUUUCCAUGGUGAGCUGCUGCCCUGCCUCUAUGAACUUCAAAGCUACACAGACUGAGAAAUAUGAUGGACGGAUUUAGUUGGUUUCUUUCCCUGAUGUGUAACUGCCCUUAAAAAGCACCAGUUAAGGCUUAGUCGCCCUUCAUUCUGAAGUCUUGAAGGGUAGGCCACACACAUUUAACCACUUCAUCUGAUAUGCUCCUUCCACAACUUCUACGAGCAGCCGAAAACACACUCACACACCAAGCAAAACAUCAAGAAGGCCCUAACCUUUGCUGGAUUUGUUUUGUGGACUUGAAAUGAAUUCAGUCGCACAGGACGACCAUUGAUUCCGCCUAGACAGACUUUCUGACUUCCUUCUGAAGAACACCCCCGCCCGCGCUCCUGACUCAGUGACGUCGCCCUAUCCCGCUGCCUGCCGGUAGCGACCCACUUUGCUCUCCUGUUGAUGCUAGUGUAGCCUUUAAUCUACAACCGAGAACCUAACAGCACCGAAUAAGAGCCUAAAAUGGGGUGCCUUGAGUGCUGCAUCAAAUGCCUGGGCGGCAUCCCAUACGCGUCCCUCAUCGCCACCAUCCUGCUGUAUGCUGGGGUGGCCCUGUUCUGUGGCUGCGGGCACGAGGCUCUCUCAGGCACCGUCACCAUCCUGCAGAACUACUUCGAGGUGGUGAAAGGACCUGUGGAGUCUUUGGACGUCUUUACCAUGAUUGACAUCUUUAAGUACGUGAUCUACGGCGUGGCUGCUGCCUUCUUCGUGUACGGCAUCCUGUUGAUGGUGGAGGGCUUCUUCACGACCGGAGCCAUCCGCGACCUGUACGGAGACUUCAAGAUCACCACCUGCGGACGUUGCGUCAGCGCCUGGUUCAUCAUGCUGACCUACAUCUUCAUGCUGGCUUGGCUGGGGGUGACGGCCUUCACCUCACUGCCUGUCUUCAUGUACUUCAACAUCUGGACCAUGUGUCAGAAUGCCACCAUCACCGAGGGAGCUAACCUAUGCCUGGACCUGCGCCAGUUUGGCAUUGUGACUCUUACUGAUGAGAAGAAGGUGUGCACAGGCUCAGACAAGUUCCUCAAGAUGUGCGAGUCUACUGAGCUGGACAUGACAUUCCACCUGUUCAUUUGUGCUCUUGCUGGGGCUGGUGCUGCGGUCAUCGCAAUGGUCCACUACCUAAUGGUGCUGUCUGCUAACUGGGGUUAUGUGAAGGAUGCCUGCCGGAUGCAGAAGUAUGAGGACAUCAAGUCCAAGGAGGAGCAGGAGCUGCACGACAUCCAUUCGACCCGCUCAAAAGAACGGCUGAACGCUUACACAUAAAGCACAUCUUCACGCCGACACGUACAUAAGACAGGCACACACACACACACACACACACACACACACACACACACACACCAACACACACACACACACACACACACGCACGCAUGCCUCCCUUUCCUACACACUCGAACACACACAGACACACACAUAGACAUCUGCACUUGCUAUAGUCUCUGAUGUUAUUGUUUGCCAGGGUGAAUAGGGGUGGUGCGGGUGGGUUGGGUGAAUGUCCUUCACUUACUUAUGUGCUUACGGGUGUGACAGAGAAUGUUGGUCUCGGAGGUCGUUCAGAGCCUUCUCCAUGACAACCUGUCUGACUACCCUCCACUUAUAUCUGGGAUUUGAGAUUUGCAUUUUUUUUUCUAUUUCUAUUUCUUUUUCUUAUGUCUUAUACCAAGACUUCUUGUGGUUCUUCUUCCGAUCUCUUUUUCUCCACCUCCUAUCCAUGUUUGUUCUUUCCAGAGACAGCACACCUUUCCAGAAAGCACACAAAGUGAGUGGUUCACUGUCAUUAAAUCGUCACUUAUUUCUACACCUGUCUGAAGUUCAUACCGUUUUUCACUUCUGAAGCAGAACAGGGGGCUUGGUUAAAGCUGAAAAAUGUUUGUGACUCCACCCUUUUUUAUUUAUUUUGUAUUAAUUUGUUUUGUCCUUUUUUGGGACUGCUUUUGAGGUUCCUCAAACACAUUUCAAAUGGGGCUCCACUCCUUGCCACAUUCACACUUUGUUUUCCUCUCCUUUUUGUUUCAUCGUGACUUACUAGACCAAAAUGUGACCAAACUUGUAUAAUUUACAGGUAGAAUUACAUACGCUUCCGAAAGGUAAGCACCAACCGUAUAAACAAUGUACAGAUUCUUUUCCAGCAAAUUCUUUAUUGGUUGGGAGUGCCAGGGAUUUUUAAAAAAAGUACCGUAAAGUGACUUUUCAUACUGCUAUACUGUAGCUUGGCCUAACUGUCAGAACUAUAUGCUAGCUGUACGUAAGUGUUAACUGAAGAUGUGACGCUUUGAUUGAUACUUUGUCAAUAACAGUGAUUGUUAGACUGUGAAGUGGCUGAUCGCUUCACUGGUAAGUCAUCAGGAAGAUGGGCAUGUUGGUGAUGUUGAAGUGGUCAGAUGAAAAAAGGGGGAACCACGAUGUACUGGAAAGUCUGAUAGAUUGGCCUUCUAGGAUUUGCCUUGGAUAGACUCUAUAGAUGUGAUCGUUUUCUCAUCCAUUUGCAAACCAUACUCACAUGCAAAUAACAUUUUUAUCAUGGUAUUUUUAUUUCUAUGUUUUAGCUGAACUUUUUUAACAUUAGAAAAAUAACCGGACAUGAACUAGUCACUGCUCUGCACUGUAUAUAUAUCUAUACCUAUAUAAAUAUAUACAUACAUAUAUGUCGAACACUUCAGGUCAUUUCAUAGGAGCCUAACACACAUGUCCCAGUGGUCUAAGUUGAGUGGUAAUCUCGUGAGUAUGUCCAUUUCAGAGAUAUAAGCUAAUCAAAGGACGCUAAACCUAGUGGCAAGCUGACAUUUUACCAUCUGCUCCUUCUGGGGCUCUGGGGAAGAGAUUUGAACAUCACUGAACACUAAGCCUAACAUUGGUUAAAUUAUUGAGGAAAUAACAAUACAUGUUAACAAAUAAAGGAAGAAAAAGUGCAACAAAGAAACUACAGAUAUUAUUCAUGGUUAAAGGACCAAACGUAAUGUUUUGGCUCUGUCUUGCCUAUCUCCACUGUACUGCUCUAGGUCUGUAGGGCAGCAUCUCAUAAUAUCUUUGCCUGACUGUUUUGUCAGUGUAAUAAAAAAUUUAAAAAGACAAGAAAAAAAGAUAGUUUCUUGUGCACUUAUUGACCAUUGUGAGCUCUUUCUUGGUGUAAGUGCAUUUGGAUUCAAAACUGAACACUAGUCCUAGUUAUACAGCAUUUGGUUUACGAACUGAAAAAAAAUGUAUUAGGUGAAAGACUGUAUCUAGUUGUUAUUUGUGGCAUGGUUAUGCAUAUAAUGGUAAUAGUUUUAUUCAAUUCAAAAGUACUUUCCUUCUUUCUCUGGGUUUUGAUUUAUACACUUUGACUGUCUUGCUGGGUCAACUGUUUUCUUAUAUGUGCAGUAUAAUGGCUCCUUCGAUAACAGUAUUAAAAGCUAAAUAUAUUAGGUUGUAGUGUUUGAUUUGUGUCCUUAUAUAGGUUGUAAUGAUUUUCAAACCAUGUCUUAAACUGAUACUUGUUAUGACGUUGCGCAUUCAGUAUUGAUAACCAGACAAUGCUUUCGGCUUCCUCCUCGUAUUAGUCUUUUGUACUUUCACUAAGAAUGCUUUGUAGCACGCUGUAAAAUGACUCUGUUUUGUACAUAAAUGUGCCAACAGCUUGACAGUGGCUUUUUUUGAACAGUAGGAACAAAAAUUGCUUGCGUAAAUAAAUACACUUGUGUACUUGUUAAUAAUUAA